GGAAGUUCGAACAAUUGAUAUUGUCGCCCGCAAACUAGCGCUUAUAGCACUCUUUUGGGCCGAUGCUCCUAAGGGUCAAGCAACAUGACAAAACCCUUAAUAUAGCCCCAAUAGUAGUCACGGGCCGCGGGACGUUCCUCACAUCGAGCCCACGGCCCCAUCGACCAUUGCCGUCGUUAACGAAUACGAGGAGACGUCCAUCAAGAUUCACUUCAAGCUCCACCACAGUAUGGGACUCGUGGAAAUGGCUCACUUUCCUUCCUGGGGCCACAAUGCAUACUCCAAGUUUGGACUCUCUUGUACGCGCACUCCACGAUGCACUGUCAAAGCGUGACGUGCGGUAUAUAGAGCAAACAUACAACGCCCUGGUAGAGCAUUUGUCUUCAGAGAGAUAUAAAGGUUCCCCUCCGACGCAGCGUUCCUCCGGAAUUACACCCGAACUUCUCUAUCAAAUGACCCGAGUCAUUAUUAAAAACCCAUUCACCAAGGCGUCUUUUAAAGUGCACUUGUAUAACUCUGGCCGUCGGUUUGCACUUGCACAAAGGAUUUACAAGGAUGUGAAGGAUGUGUUUGGUCUCACACCGAUGGAACGACAUACAGAGCUCGUUUUUCGGGCUCACUCUGUCGAGGAUCCCCAUGGCGCUUUGGAAUGGCUCUCUGGAAAGGGUGGGAUUACGCCCAACAUUUCUCACUUUGAAAUUUCCAUGCGAGGGCUCGCCCAUAAGCGUGAUGUGGAAGGCAUGAAAGAACUUAUCUCAACUGUCAAAAACAUUCCUGGUAUUCAUCUCACAUCCGAUUUGUAUGCGCCACUGGUGCUUUCCUCUUUCCCGCCCAUUCAUGAAUCUGGAGAUAUCUUCACCCCCAAGAAUCCGCCUCCACACAUCAGUCUAUCAACACGCACGCCGUUAGAGGAGAUGGAGAGGGAGGGUGUGACACCCUCCGUGAAACUGAUCGCCGAGCUUAUCUUUCAAUAUCAUGCCUUCGGCUCACAUGAAGAUGUCCAAUCUCUAGCUGAGGAUCUCAAAGGAAUUCUGACAGAUCAAGCACAAACACUUUUGCACAACGACGAGAAAGAUGCUGUGGCUGCCCUUAUUGCGGCCGCUGCUACCACAGCGCAGCCAGAGGGAGAUGAGUCGCCAUACUCGUGUGCCAUUCGCGAGGCUGAGAACUUCCACUCACGGGGGUUCCAGCUUGGAUCACGAGCGCUUGUUGUUCUUCUCGGCCUCCAGGGCGCACCCAUGUUCGAUGCCGAAGGUAUCAUCACCCUCGCCACCGGCUUGGGAAUCGCACACGAGCUCCGCAAUGUUGUCAUAUGGUCAGUCGCUAUUCGUCAAGCUGUCAAGCGGGAUCGAGUUGGUCUUGGCGAUGGUUUUGGACUGGACAGGGCUCUGGGCAUGUACAAGGAGGCGCUAAACAGGGGAAUUAUCCCCAAUUCGGCCCUCCUUGACCCAUUAAUUCACGCUCUGUGCACUAGAAAGUCACCGCCGGACCCCGACGACGUGGACAAAGCGCUACAGCUGUAUUACGACCUCAGAGAUUCAGAAGGCAUGGGUCCGUUUGCGAGGACCCGCACUGGGAGAAGAUUUGGACCUGACCAGGGUAUUUUCAUAACACUUCUGAGUUCGAUUUCGCGUAUCCAACUGGAUGAACAUUCAUCUGGCCCCUCCACAUCCGAUAUCAUUAUUCAACUUCUAAUUGACAUGCGCGAUUCGAGACUCGCCGAACCCCUUCCUCCUUCGUUUGUCCGCGACAUUUUCACUCGCUUGCUGCUCCACGCACCUUCGCAUGAUGCCUCUUUCAAGUUAUACUCAUACCUACGAGAAAUUGACCCGACUCUGCUGGAUCGGACCGGUUAUGAACAGAUCUUGCUGCAGUUUACGAAGUUGAGCUUUGAGGAUGAUCCACUCCCCGACCAAGCUCAUUAUAUGGAUAUCGUGAAGGAUAUGCGUGAUGCUGGCAUCCCCAUGACAUCGUUCGUAUACAACGUGUUGCUCACGCGAUAUGCUGCACUUGCCAAAUCAUCCGCCGAGGGUGCGUUCAACUCGAUCUCGUCAGCAGGGAACCUGGCUCCCGAACAGGAACGUGCGAAGAAACUGCGUGGGCGACUGCUUCAAGCAACUCAAAAGUUGCAUCGGACCCUCAAGUUAGAUGCCAGCGUUAAUCCUGAUAUAAUAACCUUCAACGCCCUUAUGAAUGCGUACAAUCAUCUCGGAGCUUUCGGUGACGCUUUUGAGAUCUGGGGACAGUUAACGCUUGGCUUCCCAGUCCCAUACGACAAUUCGUCUAUUAGCAUCAUCCUCGACAUAUGCGGAUACACUCGUAGUGCCAACGCUGUUGAUGCUGUGUGGAACCUAGUCACUUCCAAGACCAUGAAUUCUCAUCGUGUGCGCCCGAAUGCGAACAAUUGGGCUUCAAGAAUGGAAUGUUACGCUCGGAUGGGUGAUUUCGAUCGCGUUAUUGGGAUAUUUAAGGAGAUGUGUACUGGCUCAAAGCAAGGACCUGAUGUGCCGGCGCCCAACCAAGCCAUAACCCAGUUAUUAAUCAAGUUUGGACGUGUAUUUAAGAGAGAGGAAGAGGUGGUUACACUGUUGAAAGCGGAGGUACCCGAUCUGUAUUCAUCUAUGACACCAAUACCAACGCAGGCUGCGCGAGGGUGAACGUGAAACUGGAGGAUGUGAUAAACGAAGACGAAGACUUCAUCGCAUUGAUAACAAGUGAG